AAGAAGUAGUUGUAAUAGCAGAAUAGAACAACAAAUAACAAUACUAUUCAACAUGAAUAUCUACAAAACACGCAAGUGAUGUAGUGGAGUAAAGGCCCGCAGCGUCGGGUUGCUAUUCCUGGCUGCUGGGCUGCGCUUAACUUUGCUCCUAUUUUAUUUCCCUCUUUCGUCUCUUCUUCCUCUCUCAGCGAUUCCAGAUCUCGACGCCGGUUCUUUUCUUCUUCUUCUUCUUUUGUUUCUCUGUCGGUGUUGACUCGUCGCCUCGGAGCAAAGGCCUUCUUUUUCUUUCUUCUUUGUUUCUUUUUGCCUCUUUUUGGUGUUGUCUCUCCUCUUCCUCUUCCUCUUCCUCUCCUCUGCUCAGCCUCGGUCUCCGCCCCGCCUCAUCCUCUUCAUUCUCUCUCCAUUCUCCCUCCAUUCCUCUCUAUCGCUCUUUUAAACCUCUUCGAUCUCUCCUCUCUCUCUUCAAUUUCCUCUACUCAACAUGGCUUCCUUCGCAAACACCUCCUCCGUCGCUCCCUCCACCCUCACCACCUCCACAAUCCUCGGCUCGACCGUCAUCGUCACCCAGUCCUCCAGUUUCUCCUCCUCAGCGGAUCCAACCGACUCAGUCGUCACCGUCGUCGUCACCCAAACCUCGCAAUCAGACGACAGCCCUCUCACCGCCUCCCCAACACCCACAUCCACCGCCUCCUCCUCCACCUCCGCCUCCACAACCCGCUCCACCGCCGCCCCCGUCAUGGCCACCGACGCCUCCCGCUCAUCAUCCUCCUCCUCCUCCCUCUCCACCGGCGGCAAAAUCGGCGUCGGCGUCGGCGUCCCCCUCGGCGUGCUCGCGCUCGCUGCUCUCCUCUUCUUCUGCUUCUGGCGCCGGAAAAAGAACAAACGCCUCUCGAAAGCGGCAGCCAUGCGCCAGGACGACGGCACUGACGACUACAUCUUCGCCGCCGGCGGGUCAGACGGCAGCGGCGCGGCAGCAAGUGGCAUCGCGUCGCAGCCUGAUAUGAGCGAGGUCGCGGGACCGACGCCGAGCGGGUACAGAGGGUGGGGGCCGAGUACGCCGAGUGAAAAUCCGCCUUAUCAACAUAGUAGGAUGCCUGUGAGACCUCCUGUUGCUGCUGCUUCUGCCGCCGCCGUUGCUGCUGGUGCUGGUGUUGGUGCUGGUGCUGCUGCCUCGUCGAGCUCAGGCUCGCCUACUUCGCCGGCGAUGCCUAACUCAGCCGACCCACCAACAACCCGCGCAGCUCCACCCCCACCCCUAUCAUCCACCACCGCGCCAUUACGAACAAGAGGCCACCUCCCCGCAGGCUCAGAAGUAUCCCAAUUAACCACCGGCUCCAGCGUCGCCCUCGACAGCAGCGACCCAACUAUGCCACCCCCGCCAAUCCCGCCCAUCUCCUCCCGGCGCCGCCUUUCAGGCCUCGCGCCUUCCGAAAAGAGCGGCGCGGGACAUAGUCAUACCAACUCGAUGCCGGGCCUGCAGGUGGUUAAUACUGGUGGUGAUAGCAUGUUUUCCACCGCCGACGAGUUUUCAAACGACGAGUCGAUUGACGAGAAGAGGUAUUCCUCCGCAGCCGCGGCACCGCCGCCUCCUCCUCCGCGGAGGAGAAGUGGGCAUUCUGCACAAAACAGCGCGUCUGAACUGGCCACCAACUUUUAAGUCUUCUUUCAGACUGCUGGUUUGACUUUGAAGAGUGUUUUUUGAAAAUUCUUGUAUGCAUUGGCAUACGUACGAUAGGCGAAGUGAAGUGACUUCA